AUGAAGAGAAGAGGAGAAAAAACGGAAGAAGGAGGUAUUAUAUUUAUAAAUGGGGUAUUUAUGAAAUACUUCCUAGUUUGAGCCUUUUUUCAAUCUUUGCUUUUUCAUAACAUCUUUGGUUUUCGGAUAACGAGAGAGAGAAAGAAAUUCAAGGUUGAAAUCUUCGAAUAAGUUGUUUCUUGAUGCUUGGAUUAAUUAGAAGAGCUAUAUUUGUAGUUAAAAGCUUUUCUAAACUACAAAUUAGUCGUAUACUUCUGAAGAAAACAUAUAUACAUAUAUAUAUGCUUUGGAAAAAUAAUUUUAAAGAAAAUUGAAAACGGGGGAGCAAAUUGGCUUUUGUUGGAUAACCUGAUUGUGAGCAGGUUGAGAUAUAUUUAUAUUGUUCGAAAAUUUUCAAUUUAGCGAAAACAAAAAAAAAUUAAUAAAAACAAAGAAAUGAAAUUUGUGAAUUGCCACGACAGCAUUUCACGUGGCAUUAUUCAUUUUUUGGAGAAUGCUCCUUUUUGACUCUUAUCAAAUUUAAUUUGUAGCGGUCAACUGCUUGGUUGUCAGAGAAAUUUUUUGACUCAAUGUUUAUGAAAUGUUUUACAUAUAAAAAUAAUUUUGAAAACAGGUGUUUUUGAAGGAAACUCUGUAUUUACCAGUACUAGGACAAAAUAUUUCAAGAAUUAGUUUCCAGGUGAAAAAUUAAAUGCACUUUCUAUACAAACCCCCCCCCCACCAAAAAAACUUACCUUUUCUCGAAACUCCUAUUCAAAACAUACAAAUCCUCCUCGCUUCAACGAUUUUUAUCAAGCGACAUCUCGAAAACUACUUUUCUUCUUUGAUUAGCGUCGUUUCCGGCAUUUUCCUGCAAAGAAGAAUUAGAAAAGUGUGAAAAAGGCAAUUAGAAAGUUCAUUUCGAGCACUGAAUUUGAUAAGUAUUUACCUUUUAUGCUAUCAAAAACGACAAAAAUGUAUUGAAAAAAAAUUGAGACGAUUAUGGAACGUUUGUUAUUUGACGAACAAAAAUGAAGAAAUGACAGAUCAUAAAAAAUGACACACGCAAAAUAUGAAAGAUUACUUUUCUUUUUUAGCGUGUACUUUAUAAAAAUUUACCAAAAAAAUAAAAAAAUAAAAAAACAACUCUCAAAAAAGACAAUUCAAAUUGGCGCACACUAUAUUCAAGGCGCGGCAUAUUAUUGUGUGUGUUGUUCCCUGCAGCGAUGACUACGGUAACACUCAGUGGAAUGUGUAAAGAAUAUUUUCAAAUUUCAAUUUUCGCGUUUAGCUCCAUCUGUUUUGUUUUCUCUUCUUUGUUUGCGGUUAGAGUUACUUUCGGGCACAGCUCUAGUAAUAAUCAAUAGUCAUGUUCAUCUAUUUUCAGUAAAAUGUCCACAUCUGCAGUUGAACAACGUAAUCAAGCCAGUGGCGACGGACAAACAGAAGUUGGAGUUCCACUGAAUCUUCUUACAAGACAUCCACUUCAAAAUAGAUGGGCUUUGUGGUAUUUGAAAGCAGAUAGAAACAAAGAAUGGGAAGACUGUUUGAAGGUACUGUUUUGAUAUCUACUAUAUUAUAGUUGGACAACGGCUGAAUUUGAUCGGCUCGGCUUCGAGCCGCUUUCAAUAAAAAAAUUGAAAGCGGCUAAUCGGCUAUUUUUCAAGCCGUUUUGGUCAGCCGAUUAGCCGAAUGAUUUAGCCGAGCCGCUUUGAUUCAAAGCGGCUCGGCUCGGCUUGGAGUGAAUUUUUGAAAUUAUCAGAAAAAUGAAGUUAAGAUGGGGUUUUUUGGUACGGGGAACAUCGUGGUGGGACCCUUUUGGUCUGAAAAUGACUGUUAAAGGCAUGUUGUCAUCAAAAAAAAAUUUUUCUGAAAAAUUCAGAUUUAGGGUUUUUCGGUACGGGGAACAUCGUGGUGGAACCCAUUUGUUCUAAAAAUGAGUUUUAAAGCCAUUUUGUCACUAAAAAAUGUUUUUGAAAAUUGCUUAUAGAGCACGGGGAACAUGCCGUACCGAAAAAUCGAAAAUCUAAAAUUUUCAAAAAAAUUUUUUUUUGAUGACAACAUGCCUUUAACAGUCAUUUUCAGACCAAAAGGGUCCCAACACGAUGUUCCCCGUACCAAAAAACCAGGCAUGUUCAUUUUGCCGGCAUUGCCUGCUUUUUGCCGUUCCCCGAAAAAGCAAAGCCGCUUUUGCUUUUACACGGUAAGACUAUGAAAAAGCAACAGCAAAGCAGCCUGCCGAAUUGCCGGCAAUGCUUUUUUCACUCCUUCCAAAAUCAUCUGAAAGCAGUGAGAAUGCAUUGACAAAACAACCUCUUUUUGCUUCCCUAACGCGCGCGCGAGACUACUUGAAUAAAUGCAUACGCGGACGGUUCGCUGUGUGUUGCCAUGUUUUGUGUGUGGAGGGGCGGAGCUUCGCUUGUUGCCUUCUGUAUUUUGAAAAAGCAGCCCGGCAGGCAGCCGCGGCUGCUUUUUUUUUUUGCUUUUUCCUUACUUGCUUUUUGCCAGCAAAAAGCAAAGCCACGCCCAGCAAAGCUGCUUUGCUUUUUGCCGGCAAAGCAAAAUGAACAUGCCUGCAAAAAACCCUAAAUCUGAAUUUUUCAAAAAAAAUUUUUUUUUGGUGACAACAUGCCUUUAAGAGUCACUUUUGGGUUAAAUGGGUCCCACCACGAUGUUCCCCGUACCAAAAAACCCCAAAACCCAUGAAUAAAUUAUCUUAACUUCAUUUUUCUGAUAAUUUCAAAAAUUCACUCCAAGCCGAGCCGAGCCGCUUUGAAUCAAAGCGGUUCGGCUAAAUCAUUCGGCUAAUCGGCUGACCAAAACGGCUUGAAAAAUAGCCGAUUAGCCGCUUUCAAUUUUUUUAUUGAAAGCGGCUUGAGCCGAGCCGCUUUGAAGCAGCUUGAGCCGAGCCGUUGUCCAACUAUAUACUAUAUUGAAAUCAAUAACAUCGUUUUUCUUUUCAGAUGGUUUCACUCUUUGACACUGUUGAAGAUUUCUGGGGAAUCUACAAUCAUAUUCAAACUGCUGCCGGUCUUAACUGGGGAUCAGAUUAUUAUCUUUUCAAAGAGGUUAGGGUUCAUAUGCUAUUAAUUAAUUAAAAAUCAAUUUUUAAGGGAAUCAAACCAAUGUGGGAAGAUGUUAAUAAUGUUCAAGGAGGACGUUGGUUGGUUGUCGUUGAUAAGCAAGUAAGUUUACUGUUCCAUAAACACUAAACCAUCUCAAUUAACUAAGAAAUCACCUCAGAGAAGAACACAGCUUCUCGAUCACUACUGGCUUGAGUUGUUGAUGGCGAUUGUUGGCGAACAAUUCGAAGAUCAUGGUGAAUAUAUCUGUGGAGCUGUUGUCAAUGUUCGCCAAAAGGGUGACAAGGUAAGAAAUAAUUUUAUAUCUUGCAAUGUUCUAUAUAAAAUUUUAAGGUAUCUUUGUGGACUCGUGAUGCUACUAAGGAUGACGUUAAUCUUCGAAUUGGCCAAAUUUUGAAAGCAAAACUCUCGAUUCCAGACUCGGAAACUUUGAGGUAUUUUUGUUAGUAUCGAAAAUCCGAAACAAUAACUUUCUUACAGAUACGAAGUUCAUAAAGAUUCAUCUGCCCGAACCUCAUCAACUGUCAAGCCAAGAAUCUGCAUCCCAGCGAAAGAAGCACCACCAAAAGCUGAAAAGGCAGCAGCAAUCAGCGGAACCGCAACUCCAGCAGCUACCACACCAGUUCAAUAA